AGAGAGAGAGAGCUCCGGAUUCUCUCUCUCUCUCUCUCUCUCUCCUCACGUCUUUUCUCCGGCGGCACUCUUUCAUGUUCUCUCUCUUCUGUCGGUGAAUUUUCUCUCUUUUGAAACUUUGUUACUUUGUUUCUCUGGAGGAAUUCACCGCUUCAUGAAUGCACUUUGCAGGAAGCAGCAGCUCGUCUCUCUGCUCCUCCUCCUCCUCCUCCUCCUCUUCCUCCUCUUCUUCAUCACCAGCUCCUCUCAAUGAGCGGAGGACAUGCUCUCUUCCUCCUCCUCCUCCUCCUCCUCCUGACGGAAACCCCGGUUUCUUGCCUCCGGUUCCCGCUGAGGAGCUGAGGAGGAGCCCGGAGAGAGCGCUGUCUGCCCGGGCAUGGAGCGCGGCGGCGUCCGGGGGGGAGGAGGAGCGGGAGGAGCGGGAGGAGCGGGGUGGGCGCUGGUGGAGGCCCGGCUGCAGGGAGGAGCACCGUGGGGUUUCACCGUCCAGGGAGGACUGGAGCACGGAGAACCGCUCCUCAUCUCCAAGGUGGAGGAAGGCGGUAAGGCGGACACUGUGGAGCGCCCUCUGCUGGCGGGAGACGAGAUCAUCGCGAUCAAUGACGUGGAAGUGAGUGGAUUCAGACAGGAGGCGGUCGCUCUGGUGAAAGGAUCACACAAGAAUCUGACGCUCACUGUCCGCAGACAGUUUAAUGAAUGCUACACCAGAGAGUCUUCACCUCCUUCACUGCCGCCUCCUCCUCCUCCUCCUCCUCCUCCUCCUCCUCCUCUUCCUCCUCUGUCUCCACGACAACAACAACAACAACAACAACAACAACAACAGUCACCAGUGUCAUCUCAGCACAGCCGGCCAUGUUCUGCAGGAGGAGUCCAGCUACGCAUCAAGAACAGUAGAACUGGAAUCAUGGAGCUGCUGGAAGUUUUCUAUCGCAGGAAACUGCGCAAGAAGCAGAAAAAGUCAGCGCUGGGCCGGUCAGAGGGGGCGCUGUGCCGGGCGCCGUCUGAGGCCGGCGUCAAUGGCCUCGCCACCGGUCUCAUCUCCAGAGUCCUCAGGUUCACCAGCAGACGCAGCGAGCUGGCGUCUCGUCCUCACUCGUGGCACUCAGCGAAGCUCGGUGAAGGACAAAGACAGUUGGACCAGGAAGACGUGGACACCAUGAACACCUGGCACAACAGCUACCACACAAGCGCUUCGACCACCAACCUGUCCAGCGGCUUUGACUCGUCCAGCGGUGGUUACCUGAGGAAGAGUCCAGACCAGUACAGCUCUCGAGGCAGCAUGGAGAGUCUGGACCCUCCCCAGUCCUCGCAGCUUCACUCUGGAGCUCAGCAGCACCACAGUGGACCCCACCCGGCCUACGCCUCCUGCCACCAGCUGUCCUCUGCCAGAUCCUCCAACAGCAUCGACCACCUCCACAGCAAGCGAGACUCGGCUUACUCGUCCUUCUCCACCAGUUCCAGCAUCCCAGAAUACCUCGCCUCAACCCCGUCCUUUAGUCCCGAGCGCUCCUAUUCACUGGAGACAGUCUCUCAUAGAGGAGGCGAGAGCAGAGAGAUGCACCAGGCUGAUCUUCAUUACAUCCGGACAGUUUACGAUGUGAAGCAGGGCUUAUCUCAAGAGCACGAGCUGAGUUCCUCCUCCGCUGCGAGAGGUGGAGGAGGCACGAGGUCCGGGCAGAGCCAAGAUCUGCAAGGAGUCUGUUACCGUGGCAGCAGCAGCGGCAGCAGCAGUGGUGGCGUGCCGGCUUCUAACCGACACAGCGUCGGUCCAAUAUGGGGUCCAGCAGCUAACUGUAGCUCCUAUGAGAACCUGAAAGGGGUGCCAGCCCCUCCGCGGCGCAGCGACAGCUACAUGGCCAUCAGGAACCACGACAGACCAAAUUCCUGGUCCAGUCUAGAGCAAGCUAGAUCACUGCGGUCUCUGCAGAAAGGUUCCUGGCAUCACUCCAGUGGCCCUGUGGCCUCGGGUGCAGCAAAAGGCUCUUAUGGCACAGAGGGUCUUCUCCACACCGUCAUAGAGAAGAGUCCAGAGAGUAGUCCUACCACAAAGCCCCGGCAGGGUGGAGGGUUUGUCCAGCCUCCUUCGCCUCCUGAAUUUUCCUCUGGAUCUGCAGGCCACACACCGCACUCUGGCCGCCUUAUACUUCCCACAGUUGUGUACCCCGUCCCCCAGCCUGAGCCCCACUACACGCAGAUGCCCAGCUCCAAUCCUGGAUCCGGCUCCUCUGCAGUCUAUCCUGCUCUCACCAAGGAGAACAGUCAACAUCAGUACCAGGAGUCGCAGGGAACUGGACUGAGGGAUGAAGGAAAGAUAUCAUCUUCAGAAAAUAACAUUUCUUGGUCACAUUACCCUCACUCGUCGCAUGCACCAUCUGCCUCGUACCAGCUCAGGCUUCAACAGGAAGAGUCGAACCUCAGACAUAACAGACCGCACAUGAAAUCAGAUGUAGACAGAGCAGAGGGUCAGACAAGAGUCCAAAGACCUCACAACCACCAGGAACCUCACAGUCAGAGCUUCCAAGGGUCCUACACUCAUAAAGGCCACGGACCUCAUGACCUAGUGUUCCAGGAACAGAACCAAGGUUUCCAUGUUCCCCAAAUCCAGUCAUCAUCCGGACCAAGGCCUUCAUCCUCACAUGAAUGCAGGGACCCACAUGUACCUGUGCAGCCCAGGGACAGGAGCAGAUCAGUGGACCACACCAGCUUUCAUACAAACCCAGCGACAUUCUCCAGGCCAGCUCAGGGGCAGGUACCAUUUACCCACUCACUUGUUCACCCUCAGUCUCAGGCUCCACCCACCUCUGCCACCCCGUCUUCUCCUCGUCACCUCAGUGACUCAGUACCACUGCAGUACCAAGACUGGGAGCACAGAGACAAGGACGACGACAGAGAACAUCCCCUGACCCGUCUGGAGAAUGCCCUUGCUGAGGUCCAGAGAUGCGGCAGCUCUGACAGCGUUAUCUCUGCCAGUAGCCACGAUGGCAGCCAGAUGCCGACACGCAGCCUGUCUGUGUUGGAGAAAGUCAGUCGUUUUGAGCGUGGGGAACAAGCCGGAAAGAAGCGUAGUUACAGCACAAGCCAUGCAAACAACACAGCCAGCCAUCUGAGGACAACUGAAAAAGGCCGGCGCUCCCCUUGUGGAGCAGACGACCUGAGAAACAUGUUGGAAAGAAGCACCAGUAGUGCCAAACCCCACAGAACCAUGAGCUACAGAGGAGGAAGCAACGGCAGGACCCCAAUAGAUCCCAGUUCAGCCCUUCAGAGGAGUCGCAGCACCUUCCAACUGGAAGAAUCCAGGGAGGGCUACAGCAGCAGAGAUGUCCACCAUAGGCAUGACAUCCAGGAGGUGCUGGGCCCCAUGCAGGACACAUCCUUCAACAGAUCCUACAGGGAAUCUUUGAAAGAUGCCCAGACUAAGGUCCUUCGGUCCACCUCCUUCAGACGAAGAGACUUCAGUUCCUCAAGCAGCCCGCAGCCUCCGCCUGUCCCCGCCAAGCAAAACUCCCUCGAGAAAAAAGGCCCAAAAACCAAGCCCAAACCACACGGCGUCAUCAUCAGGCCAGCGUCUCCACCACUGGUCACAUCCCCUCAUGCUACGAAGGAGCGGCAUAUGGUCACCCCAGAGGUCCGUGGACCGAGUCCCCCGGCUCUUCCCAGCGCUCCACCGAGUGGACCUGCUGUGAUGCGCAUCUGUGGCCGCAAGCGGCUAAUGGCAGAGCAGAAGAAACGAUCAUACUCAGAGCCAGAAAACCUGAAUGAGGUCGGGGUUUCAGAUGUUGAGACUGUUGCCCUCUUCAGGCGUGGAGGAGAGACCAGCGUGGCAGACCGGCGGAAGAUGUUUGAACUUGCGGCAAGUCGUGUUGGGGUUGGUGCUCAUCAGAAGGCCACGUCCAGACCAGAGCUACGACAGCUUCAGCACGACGCUCUUGCUGAGUAUGUGGAGAGGAAGAGAGGAGCUAAAAGAGAAGAUGGAGGACAGAGAAGUGGACCGAGGCCUUGCAGUGCUUAUCUACAACCUGACAACAGCAACCAUCCAGGCCGAGGCUCCUGCAGUUACUCAGAAACCUUCAGCCUCUCCUCCGCCUCCAGCCUCCUCUCCCUCCAGGACUCUGGCCCAGAACGAACCUUCCCUGUUGAGAAGCGUUCCUCCUCCACUCUUCCUCCUGGAACCGACCUGCGCGACUACCAGUCUAACCUCUACUACCCUGGCAGGGUCACAACCCCACGGCCUCCACCUCAGCCACCACAAAGUGCUCCUCCCGGUUCACCCCCUGAGCUUCAGACCAAGACCUUCCAUAAUCUGAGUCCUGAAGCAGGUCUGAGUAGACAGAGCCAGUCUGUGAGCAGAGACUCAGGCCUGGACCAACAGCAGCAACAGCAGCAGCAGCAGGACAAAGAGCCACAAGAGCAUCCCUUCAGGCUGGGACUGUCCAGGAAGCUCAGUGGGGCCCUGCAAAGAGCCGGGUCAAACCGCAGCACCGGGAAGUCGGCUUCUGCUGAGGAUCUGCUGGAACGAUCCCAGGAGAAUCAGAUGACUCCUCAACACUUCCGCUCCCGCUCGUCCCCGAUCAUGGACACUUUACAGGAUUUCUCUGCAGGAGACGUCAGGACGUUUGGUGUGUUGGUCUCUGAACCUGAGGACAGAUCUGCAGACACUCAGAUGUUAGGGAACCUCGUCUGUCCUCAACUGUCCCAGAACAGUGUGAACUCCAUCCAGCCUUCAGAAUCAUCUCCAGACCUAGGCUCCUCCCCCUUCUCCUCCUCCGUCACUCCUGUCACUCGUAGAGAGCGACGAAGGAGCAGCGAGCGCCAACGAGCCCACAGCACCUCCACCUUGGCGGCCUCCGUCGGUCUGCCCUGCCCCUUCUCCCCCGCGGGGACACUGAGUGCAGGUGACACUGAGUGGCAGACCAGCGAGAGGCUGGCCAACCUGGACGCCAUCAGCUUCCCUGGCACCAGCAAAACCCUGGAGACAAACAAAGAGACAAGAUGCACUUUAAGUUUAGAGGACACUGAGACAGACGUGGACAGUUUAGAGAACCUGUCAGAGAUGCCCACACUUUUACCCCAAUCUCAGCUCGCAGUUCUGCCAAACAGGAAGGACAAUGAGAAAACUGCGUCCCUUCUGUCCCCUUCCCUCCAUCUGUCCGUCCGCCACCUGUCCUCACUGCGGAUCUCAGAGUCCAGCCUCUCGAGCUACAGUGACCAGCAGCCACACAUGGAAACUUUCAGGGGCCAAUCUCAGGAGGACUUUGACGAGGUCUUCCUCCUAACUCCUGCCCCUCCGUCGCCUCCUCCACCAAUCAGAGAGACAAGCAUCCUGGAGGACUUCCCUCCUCCUCCACCUCCCAUCGAGUUGGAGGAAGAACCUGGAUACGACUCUGUGGAAAGUCCAAGCUCAGAAUACUUGUCCAGCUCCAGUGUUCCCACGAGGAAGUCCUCCCUUCCCUCACCGACACUGUUUCCUUCGUCCUCUGUCUUCCCGCCACUGUCCACCACUAACACACACACCUCGACCAAGGACAGCUUAGGUUUGGACUACCAGUCCCUGACCCAGAGGGAGAAGACACCUGAGGAGCAGCGGGUGGAGGCGCUGGCCCAGAAACUGGUGUUGCAGGACCACUCUCUGGCGCCUCUCCUGGACACAUGGAGCACUAAAUCCACUGUCGAGCUCAUGAGUGAGAUCUUUCCUCGCAGUAGAUUGGUGGAUCGAUCACAGUGGCAUCAGUUGGAUGACAGGAUCCAAGAUGGCGUUUGUGUUUCUGCAUCAGUGGCGAUGACAGACGGACAAAAACAAACCAACAUGGAUGAGAAAGACCUCAACACCACAAAGGUGGAGCUGUGUCACGCACUGAGGAGCAGCGUGGAGGCUCUGCAGCAGGAGAAGGAGCUGCUGUGUGAGGAGCAGAGGCGUCACCAGGCGCUGGGCAGUGACAUGGAAGCACUGGUACAGGAGAAACUCAGAGACAACGAGAAGGACAAGUACAGCAUGUUCAUCGGAGAUCUGGAGAGAAUCGUGAACCUGCUGCUGUCUCUGUGCAGCCGCCUGUCGAGGAUCGACCGCUCUCUGCUCGCCGUGGACGCAGAGGAGCUGACGCAGGAGGACGCAGCCGAGGAGAAGGCGUCUCUCCGUCGUAAACGCUCUCUGCUGCUCCGUCAAACCGAAGACGCCUGGGAGCUGAAGGAAAACCUGGACCGGAGGCAGCGUGUCGUGCAGUCCAUCCUGUCCGGCUACCUCAGUGAAGCGCAGCUGGGAGACUACCGGCACUUUGUCAGCACCAAACCCUCCCUCCUGAUUCGGCGGCGGCACCUGGAUGACCUCAUACGUCAGGGGGAGGAGCAACUGAAACAGCUGUUGGAGAACAUUCCGGCGGAGCUGGCGGAGGCUCGCGGUUUGUCGAGGGCGGGUCCGUUCUCGCUGCCGAGCCACGUUACCUGCUCGUCGCUGUCUGUAAUUCCAGGCCCUGCCCACCCCGUCAGGUCCACCACUGUGACGUCACUGUGAUGUCACUGUCACACGUGGAGGUGAGAGACAGGAAGUGAUGAUGACAAGACUGUAGGUGUUUGACAAAUCCACCAUUGUUUGUUUUAUAACUCACAGACAAGAGCUCACAGUCGGCACCUGAUCAGAACUCUGUGGUCGUGAUGUGAACACACAAAUGGCCUAUUUCCACUGGCCAACUCGCCACGCAACACCUUGCCUCACCAAGCCACGCCUCACCACGCCACGUCUCGCCACACCUCACCACACCUCGCCACGCCACGCUACGCCACGCCACACCUCACCACGCCACACAUCGCCACACAUCGCCACGCCAUGCCUCACCACGCCACGUCUCGCCACGCCUCACCAUUCCACACCAAGCCACGCCACGCCACUCCGGGGCGGUCUCUCAGUAACGGGGCCGUCUCUCAGUAACGGGGCCGUCUCUCAGAAACGAGGCAGUCUCUCAGAAACGAGGCGGUCUCUCAGAAACGGGGGGGUCUCUCAGAAAUGAGGCGGUCUCUCAGAAACGAUACACUGUCGUCUGCAAACACAUGAACUCACUAAAAGUGAGUGAAGACCAAAAUCAAAGGAGCUGCACGCGUCACAUGACGACUCACUGUAACACGACAGUCUGGAGCUUGUAGCACUUUUAGCAGCUUUGCUAACAGGUUUUUACACUGAACCAUGAAAGUUAAUUCAGCUUCUUUUUCUGUGAUUUCAAUGUUUCACACUUUUAUCUUCAUGUGGCAACAUUUACACAAAUAUGCAUUUAAAAAAAAAGAUACCAAAUCUGAACAAGGUGAGCGGAGGAGUUGCAAUCUGCAGCCUCACCACUAGAAAAGUGAACAGAAAAGUGUUUAUUUAAGGAAUGCAGAAGUCAGGGGUUUCAAACUCGUGGCCCCCAAAUUGACGAAUGUGGCCCACCACCAGUUUUUUGCUGUUCAAUGAUUCAUUUAAGUCAUAUAUGUUUUUAUUCAUAUGAAAACAAACAGUGCAAUAUCAUGUGAUAUUUGUUUCAAGCUCCUAUCAUCCACUCCGGCCCCAGAGUUUGAGAACCCUGACCUCAAUCAUGCUGUGGUCAGAUCAAUAAUCAAUAUUCAACUUUUAUUAAAGUGAAGUUGCACCAUUUUCUUUUUUCUUCCUCUGUUAAAUCACAAUUCUAAUUUGUCAGUGUCACAACAUAACACUUUUUGUUCUCUCUCUCUCUUUUUGUACGCUUGAGUCGCAAUUCAGUUGCAGCCAUUUUGUUUUCCCUGCAGAAACCCCUGAAUCUGCUCUACAGGAUCAAUAUUUAUUGUAUAAUUCAAAAGGUUUUUCACAGCUUCUCCUCUCACCGACGACCACUUCUUUUAUGUUAUUUUACUGUUUAUUAUUGUUUAUUCACACUCUCAGACAUUUCUCGUUGAAUUUAAUUCAUCGUUUGCUUUGAACGAAGGGCGAAUGGAAAAAAAACUGUUGCAAAAAUAAAAGUAUUUUGUAUUUGCUUUA